AAAAAAGAUCAAGACCCCAAAACAACGCAGUCCCUGAGUUGCAACAUUUCUUCUUCUCCUUCUUCAUCUUCCUGUUGUGCAAUGGCGGAUCAGCUUACCGAUGAUCAGAUCUCCGAGUUUAAGGAAGCUUUCAGCCUUUUCGACAAGGACGGAGAUGGUUGUAUCACUACUAAGGAGCUGGGAACGGUUAUGAGGUCAUUAGGACAGAAUCCAACAGAAGCGGAACUACAGGACAUGAUCAAUGAGGUUGAUGCUGAUGGGAAUGGGACUAUUGAUUUCCCUGAGUUUUUGAAUCUGAUGGCUCGAAAGAUGAAGGAUACCGACUCUGAGGAAGAGCUUAAGGAGGCUUUCCGCGUGUUUGACAAGGAUCAAAAUGGGUUCAUUUCUGCAGCCGAGCUUCGCCAUGUUAUGACAAAUCUUGGUGAGAAGCUGACCGAUGAGGAAGUUGAUGAAAUGAUCCGUGAGGCUGAUGUCGACGGUGAUGGUCAGAUCAACUACGAGGAAUUCGUGAAGGUCAUGAUGGCGAAGUGAGAACCUUUAACAUCAAACCCAUCUUUUAUUUUAAAAAGAGGUAUUAAACACUUUCAGUAGAAAUUAAUGGAGUUUGUUGGGUGCAUUUUGUUUGAUCUUAUUUCCAGUUAAAUUGUAGUUCAACUAUGUCAUUUGCUUGUUUGCUCUGUAUCUUCUACUUAGUUCCUUCUUACAUGCCAUUCAUUUUCUUCUACUCUGAAAUUGGUUAUAAACCUUGAACAGUUGGUUUGGUCUUA